CGGGCCCGGAGCUCACCAUCCGAGCCUCCGCGGCAGCCGCCGUCCUCCCUGAGCUCCCGAGGUGUCCUGUCGGGGCUCAGCCGGCCCGGCCUCUUCUCCGUUAGAAGAGCAGAAAACCCCGAAUCCCUACCGUCUCAGCGUCCUCUCCCACCCGCGUCCUCGUUGUCGUCUCUGUCACUGCUUCGGACGGUGACAGCCAGGAUAGAUCCUCACUGUGUAGUCCAGGCUGGCCUUGAACUUGGGGUGAACCUCAGGUGUCUGCCAUCUAAGUGUUGGAAUUACAGUCAGUGCAGAGGACUAAACUCUACAGAAGAAUGCAAUCAAGUGAUGGCUUUUUCGCUAGAGUUUGAAUAUGGAGGCUGCGGGGACAGAUGAAGUUGAAAAACUAAAAACGAAAUUUAUAUCUGCUUGGAACAACAUGAAGUACAGUUGGGUGUUGAAAACAAAGACAUAUUUUAGUAGAAAUUCCCCUGUAUUGUUGCUUGGAAAAUGUUACCAUUUUAAAUAUGAAGAUGAAAAUAAGGUGUUAACUGCAAGGUCAGGUUGUACAAUUGAAGAUCACGUGAUUGCGGGAAACGUAGAAGAAUUUCGUAAAGAUUUCAUUUCCAGAAUCUGGCUGACCUACAGGGAAGAAUUUCCUCCAGUAGACGGCUCAGCAUGGACGACAGACUGCGGCUGGGGCUGCACGCUGAGGACGGGCCAGAUGCUGCUGGCCCAGGCGCUCGUGCUGCACUUUCUGGGUAGAGCUUGGACCUGGCCCGAUGCAUUAAACAUUGAAAAUUCAGACUCCGAGUCAUGGACUUCACACACUGUAAAAAAGUUUACUGCAUCCUUCGAAGCGUCGCUUUCAGGAGAAAGAGAACUCAGAACUCCAAACGUGUCUCUGAAGGGAACAACUGGGAAAUAUUCUGAUGACCAUGAAGUGCGAAAUGAGAUUUAUCACAGGAAAAUCAUCUCCUGGUUUGGCGAUUCCCCCUCGGCUCUCUUCGGCUUGCAUCAACUAAUAGAAUGCGGAAAGAAGUCCGGCAAAAAGGCUGGAGACUGGUAUGGACCAGCAGUAGUUGCUCACAUUUUAAGAAAAGCAGUUGAAGAAGCAAGACACCCUGAUUUACAAGGAAUAACUGUUUAUGUUGCACAAGAUUGUACAGUUUACAGUUCAGAUGUGAUUGAUAAACAGAGUGCUUCCAUGACCUCUGGUAAAGCAGAUGACAAAGCUGUCAUUAUUCUGGUUCCUGUUAGACUUGGUGGAGAGAGAACCAACCCUGACUACUUAGAGUUUGUGAAGGGUGUUUUAAGCCUUGAAUAUUGUGUGGGUAUUAUUGGUGGCAAACCUAAACAGUCCUAUUACUUUGCUGGAUUUCAAGAUGACAGUUUGAUUUACAUGGACCCUCAUUACUGCCAGUCUUUUGUAGAUGUCAGCAUAAAGGAUUUCCCUCUUGAGACAUUCCACUGCCCUUCUCCCAAAAAGAUGUCGUUUCGAAAAAUGGAUCCUAGCUGUACAAUAGGAUUUUACUGUCGAAAUGUUCAGGAUUUCCACCGAGCUUCUGAAGAAAUCACUAAGAUGCUGAAAAUGUCAUCUAAGGAGAAAUAUCCCUUGUUUACUUUUGUACAUGGACCUUCCAGAGACUAUGAUUUUACAUCUACUACGGCCAGUGAAGAAGACCUUUUCUCAGAGGAUGAAAAGAAAAAAUUAAAAAGAUUCAGCACAGAGGAGUUCGUCUUACUAUAGGGACAAACACACACACCUGUGCUUGUUGAGGACUUGUUUGGGAGGCGAAAUGAAGAAUAGCAAGCACAUUCGAAGCUGUUUUCACGAACACAUUAAUUUUAUAUGUUCUUUAAAAGGCAUUUGGAAAUACACAAGUUCAAAGAUAUUUUUCGGAAGUGACUGACUUUUGCUUCCUAAUAAACAUGAAGUGAUUCUGGUUGCAUCUCUGUGCCCCUGAAAUCUGCCAAGGAACCUCCUCCUGGACUGCAAGCCCGUACCUUCUGCAUCUCCUACCUGCUACCCUAGAGGUGUGUGCGAGGCCCCUGGAAGUCUGUGGUCGCCAGAUAGUUGCAAAACCUCAGUUUCUGUUAAUGACCAGGAGGCCAGAGAAAGAGUCUUCAGGGGUACAUAGACUCCUGCUGUUCAUGCAACUGGAGGACUCUUGGGGAUGUACCCUAAUAAUUAGUACAAUACUUGUUAGCUGUAACGUGCAUAUAAUUACAUAAGCAGGAUUCUGAGAUGAUGCAGUACUUCGCAAUGUGAUUUUAUAGUGGCUUAUCAUUACCCUUGCGGAGGCACUUUCUAUGAGGAGUGGAUAUGAAGUAUCAGCUUUUUCCACAGAUUUAAAGGUUAUGUUGUUAAUAGUAGCUUCAUCCAUUCAAAUCAGAUAACACAAAUAUAAAAUAGUAGUAGUGUUUGUUUCCUACCUCAAAACUGGAAUUUUAUGAGAAUUCAGAUUACGUAGUUCUAAAAUCUGCAGAUAAAUACCAGGAAAGGCAGCAAUAGAGUCUCCUGUGAUUUUUGUUAUUUGUCUAAAGCAGUGUAGUAGUGUUUAGAAGCUGAGGCCAUUUACAAGGUAAAUCUGCCUUGUGUGUUAUGUGCUACUUAAAGGCAAAUUUGUGAUUUAAAAUAUGUUAUUAUUGAGCCAGGGUUAUAAAAAAAUACUUUAAUAAAGACAUGAGAACAUAAAAUGCCUUUGGGUUUC